UUUGAUUCCGGCCGGCUUGACACUGGUGUGGAAAAGAUGGCUGCUUCGGCGGCAACGGCGAGUUGUUCCCCGGGUUUGUGUCCGAAUUACGCCGUAAUCUGCUCCUUCCUCGAGCGGUACGGAGCCUUGCUGGACCUGCCGGAGCUCACCUUCCCGCAGCUGGAGCGAUGUCUGCAGGACACCGCCGCAGUCCCGAAGCUGCUGGUCGAUCUUCACGUGAAGCUGCUGAGGAAGAUCGGCAAGUCGGUGUCAGCAGACCGAUGGGAGAAAUAUCUGGUCAAGGUGUGUCAAGAGUUCAACACAACAUGGGCGUGGGAACUGGAAGAAAAGGGAUACAAGGAGAUGACGUUAGAGAGCAAGACAGCAAUACUUAAAUAUUUGUGUGAGUGUCAGUUUGAUGAAAAUGUCAAGUUCAAAACCGCCAUCAACGAGGAGGACCCAGAUAAAAUGCGGCUGCAGCCGAUCGGCCGAGACAAAGACGGUCAGAUGUACUGGUUUCAGCUGGACCAGGAGGACAACGUGCGCGUUUACAUUGAGGAGCAGGACGACUCGGACGGGUCCUCGUGGAAAUGCAUCGUCAGAGAACGAAACGACUUGGCCGAGGUUGUGGCUCUGCUGAAGACGCAGAUCGACCCCGAGCUGUUGAGAAGGGACGAGUUAAAAAAGGAAAACAAUCCCGAUGGUGAAGGGGACAAAAAAGGUGAAGCUAAAAAGUCUGACAGCUCAUCAGAUGAAGACCACAAAGACCCCAACAAAGCUGCGUGCCCGGUUUCACCAAAGACAGAGAACAAUGAGAAAGAAACGCAGAAAGAAAACUUGAAAUCAGAAGCUUCUGAGGUCAAAUCUCUCAAUGGCAUCAUCGAAAGCAAAAGUGAAGCAGAACUUCUUUCAGAAAAUAUCGGUACAAAAGCCCAGAGCAUCAAAGAAGAGCCGAUGGAGGUGACGGACAUUAAAACAGCGAUGUGUGAACCGGCCUCUGUAACGUCAUGUUUAUCAGUGAAGGCAGAAAAGGGAGAGGAGGUGAAGAGGAACAGCGCUGAGGAGAUUCAACAGGCCCUGAAGAACGACCAGCAGGCCAAAAUCCCCCUGAAGAAAAGAGGAAUGAAGUUUAGUGAAGACUUUGAGAAAACCACCGCUAACACGGUGCAAACACAGUUUGUGUCGCAGGUCAGAGACGCUCCUAAAGAAGACGCUGGUCCUAAAGAAGACGCUGGUCCUAAAGAAGACGCUGGUCCUAAAGAAGACGCUGGUCCUAAAGAAGACGCUGGUCCCAAAGCGACGCUGGUCCCAAAGGCGACGCUGCUCCUAAAGAAGACGCUGGUCCUAAAGGCGACGCUGCUCCCAAAGGCGACGCUGCUCCUAAAGGCGACGCUCCUCCUAAAGAAGACGCUGGUCCUAAAGAAGACGCUGGUCCUAAAGGUGACGCUGCUCCCAAAGGCGACGCUGCUCCCAAAGGCGACGCUGCUCCUAAAGGCGACUCCUCCUAAAGCGCACGCUCCUCCUAAAGGCGAUGCUGGUCCUAAAGAAGACGCUGGUCCUAAAGGCGACGCUGCUCCCAAAGGCGACGCUGCUCCCAAGGCGACGCUCCUCCCAAAGGCGACGCUGGUCCCAAAGGCGACGCUCUUCCUAAAGCGCUCUUCCUAAAGCGACGCUGCUCCCAAAGGCGACGCUGCUCCCAAAGGCGACGCUGCUCCCAAAGGCGACGCUGCUCCCAAAGGCGAAGCUGGUCUUAAAGGCGACGCUGCUCCUAAAGGCGACGCUGCUCCUAAAGGCGACACUGGUCUUAAAGGCGACGCUGCUCCUAAAGGCGACGCUGCUCCUAAAGGCGACACUGGUCUUAAAGGCGACGCUGCUCCUGAACAGACAAAGAAAACACCGAUUGUAAAUGAGCACGUUAACGGUGAAAUUAAACCCGAGUUGGAGAAGGAACUCCAGAGUCUGAGCGAGACGCUAAAAGAUGUCGCUGCCGCCAACAAAGAACAGACGACUGAACCUUCUGUGGUUAAAUCUGUAGAAGCGAGAGUAAAUGACUCGAAGUCCACAGAGAAGGAGGCGAAGGAUAAAAAAGAUGAAGCCGGCAGUGCAAAGGUUACGGAGGAGGUCGCAUCGCACCAGGAGAACUCGGAUAAGAAAAAUCUAGAAAAGGAAAACGACGCAGCAACGGAAAAGAAAGAAGCACACGAGUCGCCUCCUCCACCAAAAGGAGAAUCACCACCUCUACCUAAAGAUGGAAGUAAUGCACCGGAGGAGUCGUCUAAUCACGAAGACUGUGAGAAAACGAAAGAGAGCCCGGCCGAUACAGAAGAGUCUUCUGCUGCAUCAUUAAAGGAAACUGAUAAAACAUUAACAACCGCUGAGUCAGAGAAACUAAAUUUAAAUCAUGAAGCCACGUCCAAAGACCCAGAAUCAAAAGAUUCACAGGAGAAACCAGCCUGUGCAGAUGCAUCAGAGUCGAGUCAGACUAAAGAAACAGACGAAACAGAGACAUCAAACAGAACAGAAAACAUGAAGCGAACCGUGAGCGAUAAAGAAUCCGAAACAUCUGAGACUAACACAGAGAAAUCAGACAAAUUGGCAACAAAAGCGACGCCAGGAGUCAUUAAAACAACAGAGACGCAGGCUGCCGGCAAAGAUCCUCCAAAGGAACCUGAGGAUCCUGAAAACACAGAGUCACAGUCCAUCAUUAAAAAGACAGAAACGGUAAAAGACGGUAACGACGCAGAGGAUCAGGAAAUCACACAAACUGCUACUGUCAUUAAAAAGGUGGAUAAGGAAACAGUCAGUGAGAAAUCAGAGGAAACACCCGACGUCAAGGAGAGCGCAGAGUCUUCUGUUAUCAAAACGGUUGAUAAAUCAGAAUCAUGCAAACCGGCCGAGAAGCAGCCGAGUGUAACGGUCGCUGAGACGACGCCAGAGGAAAACAGUGCAGCCUCGGAAAAGCUCGACAAGACAGAGAAGCCGGAGGACACAAAGAAAACUGUCAACUGUGAAGACAAUAUGAUCCAUGAUGUCACCAAGAUAAGCGACUCCACGUCAGAGCCCAUGGAGGUCGAGGCAGCGGCCGUUAAACAGGAUCUGACAAAUCCACGAGAAGAUGACGAGAUGAAGACGAACUCUGUUGAACAUGAAACGAAAGAGGAAACGUCUGAAGGAAAAGAUAAACCAUCAAGUCCUGUCGAGAAAACUGACGUUGCUGGAGAAACGGAUAAAAAGCCCAACAAAGAAGAGGAGAAGGAGCCUGAAGGACCGUCGAAGCCAAUGGAGACAGAGCAGCCGUCGUCAGAAACUAAAACUGAUUCUGACAAGGGAAGUGAAAAAGACGCAGACAGUGAAAAGCUCACAAACGACCCUGAGAAAAUCCUCAGUCAAGAGAAAGAAAGUAAAGAGGAUUCUACGAUAGAUAAAACCUCAGAAACCGAUAAAGCAAAGGAGACGAAACUGGCGCAUAAAGAAAGCGAAAAAUCAACCAAAAUGGAGAAUUCUGAAAGCAAAGACGCUGAGGCCGAAUCCUCGACUGGAACUGAAAAGCCGGCUCAUCCGAGCAAAGAACCGCCAACCGAUAAACCCGAAGACGAGGAAAGGAAAAGCAAAAGCGAAGAGGAGGAUUCAAACACUAAAAAAGAGGUGGCGAACGGCAGUGAGGCUCCAGCUGGCGUUCGGGAGGCAGCUAUUCGCCGAAAACGCAAGCGCCCGGCCCACCGACGGAAAGUUGUGGUGAAGAGAGUGGAGAGGCAAGGGGACUCGGAGUCCGACACCAACACGGGGAGAUCUCUGCGAAGGUCGCCGAGGAUCUCCAGGCCGACACCGAAGGUGGUGGAGAUCCACGACAGGAAGUUGGAGAAAUCGCAGGCGACUCCGCCAACAGAGAAAGAAGAGGACGACAAGGCAGAGAAAGAGAAGGACGAGGAAGAGGAGGAAGAGGAAGAUGCGGUGAAGGUCGUCCAGAGGAAACCGAGAGAGAAAAAGGUGGAUCAGGAGGGUCAGCCCAAACCAAAGGGGAGAAAGAGACGGAAGGUUUGCUGGUCGAACACUCGAACGCGCCGCAAAAAGAAAACCUCUGAAGACGAGGAGGACAACAGCGAAGAGGCAUCCAGCGAGGAGGACAGCGGGGAUGAGGACGACAGCGACGAAGACUACAAGGUGGAGCGGAGCAAAAGGAGGCGGAACCGAAACCGAGAGAGACGGAGCUCGGCCUCCUCCACGUCCUCGGACGACGACCUACCUCCGAACGACGACCCCUGCAAACACUGUGGUCUUCCAAAUCAACCCGAGCUGAUCUUGCUGUGUGACUCGUGCGACAGCGGCUACCACACAGCGUGUCUCAGGCCUCCGCUCAUGAUCAUCCCCGACGGAGAAUGGUUCUGUUCUCCCUGUCAACAUAAGCUGCUCUGUGAAAAGCUAGAGGAACAGCUUCAAAACCUCGACGCCUCUUUGAAGAAGAAGGAGCGAGCGGAGAGACGGAAAGAGCGUCUUAUUUACGUUGGAAUCAGUGUUGAAAACAUCAUCACACCCUCAGUGGAGGCGGAGGAGGAGAAACCUGAGAUCGUGAUCAAAGAGAAGAAAGAAGUGAAGAGGAGUAAGAGCUGGGGUCGGAGGUCAACGAGGACAAAGAAAAAUAUCAGCUACAGAUUUGAUGAAUUCGACGAGGCGAUCGAGGAGGCAAUCGAGGAAGACAUCAAAGAAGCCGAGGGUGGAGGAGCUGGUCGAGGUAAAGACAUGGCCAACAUCACAGGAGGCCACAGAGGAAAGGACAUGUCCGUCAUCCUUCAAGCGGAUGAGGAGAACAAGGAGAACGGCCGCCCGCCACCAAUCAGCUCCGCUCAGCGCAAGAGAAAGCGCCGGCGACUCAAUGACCUGGACAGCGACAGCACCGUGGACGAGGAGGAAAGCGAGGAAGAGUUUCGCAUCAGUGAAAGCUCAGAAGAAGAAUUUGUCGUAUCGGAGAACGAGUCGGAUGCAGAAAAUGACUCCAACAACAGCGACUUUGGCAGCAACGGCAGCGGCAGGCGUCACACUUCCUCACGGAAGAGGAAGCCACCGAAACGACGACGGAGCUCCCGAAAGCGGCGGAGACCGAAAGGGUACUCAGACGAUGAAGAGGAGGAGACGGAUGAGGACGAGGACGAUGAAAUGGCGACUGAAGGCUCCAGCGAGUUCAGCGACAGUGAUCUUGAUAUGAGCCGACGGCGGUCUCGGCGGAGUCAGAAGAAGCAGGUGAACUACUGUGAGACGUCGGAGUCUGACGGAUCUCGGGCCGAAAACAAACGGGUGACAAAAAAACCCGGACCUCCCCGGGACAGUUCAGAGAGUGAAGCUAGUUCCUCCAGAGACUCUGAAGAGGAGCCGACUGAGAGGAGGGUGAAGAGGAGGGCCGACUCCUCGGAGGAAGACUCACGGCAGCGUCACAGACGUCUUGCACUGAAACGCAGGAGAGCAUCUGAAGACGACUCGUCGGACGACUCAUCAGACGACUCAUCAGAGGAGGAUCGUCCCGUCCGCAAACGGGUGAACCGCAUCGAUUCGGACGAUGACGACGAGGAGGAAGAGGAGGAGAAACCAAAGGAGAAGAAACCUGAGGAGGAGAAGAAACCUGAGGAGGAAUCAAAGGGAACAAAUCCAUCGGACUGCAACGCGGUGGAGCUGCCACCCACCAACGGACAGAGCCCGGUAAAGAACGUCGAGGGCGUCAUAAGCCGACCCGCUGCUCCAGGCACCGUCCCACAACAGGAGCCGCCCAAAACCAUCAGCGCAGCGCCGGCCACUGCCAUCGCACCGAACGGCGUGGCUGGCCAGGAGAUGGCAGCGCAGGAGGAUGACGAAGACGACCUGUUAGGAGUCACAGACCUAGUGGACUACGUCUGCAAUAACGAACAAUUGUAAAAAAAAAAAGAAAGAAAAUGGUGUACUGUUUCAUUUUUUUGUGGUAUUGUAUUUUUAUAUUGCUUAACUUUAUUAUUCCCUCCCCACCAACACGUCCUCGUCCUUUUUACUCGUGUCACGUGGAGCUUGACUCUCAGAAACCUCCGCCGCAGUAAGAACUGGAUCUUUGUCGCCAGUCUGUCCCUGUGGGAUUGUUCAAUAACCAGUAAGGGCACCGACUCAAGUCUCAUUCACAUGGUAACAAUCAUCUUACCUGCAGACCACCCACAUCAUCCAGCUCCACUGCCAAACUACUUCUUCUAAAACUGUGUCACUCGUCAUUUCUCCCGUCACAUCGUCCUGUUUUCUGUUUUUUAACCCCACGUCCAAGACUUCGACAAAUUCAGCUCCAUGACCCAACGACGCGCCGGGAGAACUGGCACUGAAACUGUUUGUGUUGAAGAUUUGUCGUUUUUUUUCUGAACGACUGGGACUUAACAUUUUCUUGGAGUGAAGCAGAAAAUCAUUCCGUGAAUUAUACGAAGUUCUUGGAAUCAAACAUGAAUUAUGGUUUUUAAAAUGUUACCUUUUCAAGGCUCAACUUUUUAAACAAUGUGCUUAUCGGCUCAACGGCCCCGUUGAGACGAGAAGAUCGAUACCACGCUCAUGUCCGUCAGUUUAAUAUGAGGCUAGCAGCUGUUAGCUUAGCACAAAGACUCUUUUAAUGCGGUACAGAGAAGGUACUUUCCCACUGGUCGGACCAGAGAGAGAACCAUGCUAUGCUAACAGAAGCUAGUUGAUGGUUACUAAAGCCACAGAGUGCUGCACUGGGUCUGAGCCAGUGAUGUUGUUAAAAUAGUUUGUCUGGACAGAUGCAAACCAGGCGUGAAUAUGAGAUUAAACGUUAAAGUUUCAGAUUUAAAGCAACACUAUGUGACUUUUACUGAGCAACAGCGCCCUCUGCAGGUUCACGUGGUGACUGAUUCUGUUUGGCUCCGUGUUCGAGCGAUAAAGUGGUUUUCAAGUCCAUUGUAAGUUAAGCUAAGAUCUGACUGCGUAUCUAAAUAAUGUGAAACACAACCGAUCGGUGGGUAUUACCCACGAUCCCCUGCUUCCCGAACCUGUUCCGUGAAUACAGGUGAUAAUCUGACCGAGCAUGUGUCUGUUCCCCCGUCAGUUGCUAUUUGUGGUCUGCUGAGCAAACACCAUUUUGACUUUCACGUGUAGUCUGUGUGUCCUCGGGUCAUUUGACGAGCGAACGCAGCAGUUACACAUCCAAACACUUUCAUUAACAAAGGCUUUGGACGGGGGUCGUUUGAUUGAGUGUGAGACUGAAUUCAUGAUGUUGGCAGAAUGGGAAGAAGAUUUUAGUCUCUCCAGCCUCCAUCUAAAAUAGAUGUGUUGCUUAUUGGAAGGGAAUCGUUACCAAGUGAAACCAGAAACAAAACUAAAGAGCAUCAGCCUCAACUUGUCUCUUUUAACUUUUUAAUAUUCUCUUCUUAGGCUUUUAAUAAUGAUUUUAACUAGAAACAAAGUAAAUGAAGUAAUUCCCCAUCAUGUGUCUCUGAACGUAAACUAUUCAGCCUCCGGUUGAUUUUUAUUUCUUAAGCUGCUUAAACUGUUCAGAUGUUAAGACUGAAAAAUACUGUAUAAUAGCUCUAUGAGACGUAUUUCAGGAAGAUUUGCUCAUCGCGAUUUUACAGUUGAACAUUUGAUUGUUUUUUUUUAAAACUAAGUUGUAAUAUCUCUAAACCUCAGUGAUGAUCAUGUUUAAUAAUGUUUGUGAAUUCCUCACAAAAAAAAAACCAAAGUGUCAAAACGGAAAUUGGCAUCAAAUCGUUUUUUUUUUUUUUUUUACGUCUGCAGUUUUGUUACAGAUUCAUGAGAUGAGCUGUAACGUGUAGAUUAACGGACGUCGGGGGUGUUGUGACGUGACUGUUGCUUCGUAUUUAACUCGCGGAUACAAGAGUGGUAUCAAUUUUCUCAUCUUAUAUCUCCUACUGAAAGUAAAAGUCCCCAAAAUGUCACUGUUUAUUCAUCUUGGAUCAUCGUGUCGUCUGGAAUCGCUGAUACUCAAAUAUGUGUGUGUGUGGAAGACAAACACAUUACUCCCGUAUUUUUCCAAGAGUUAUAACGUAUAUAUGUUCAGCCACGUGGGUGUGAAUGUGUAUAUGAGACCAACCCGUUGACCGGCCUUCACUUCUCAGCUCCCUCAUGUUUGUUGAAUGUUAGAGUAGCUUUUGUAUAUUGUUAAUCAUAUAUAAUUAUUUUUAACUACGUGCGCUGACGUCAGUGUUGAGCUCCCGGUUUGUUUGCGUAAAAAAACAAAAUCUGACUCUCUCUCAUCCCUCCGGAGAUCUAGUCUAGUUUCCUCUUAUAACAUCCAUGUUAACCUUUGUGAUUAUUAUUUUUUUUUUUUAUAACAAUGAUGUAUUUUUUUUUUUGUAUAUCUUAACAUUUAUAUGUUGUCGUCUCCGUCUGAAAUGUAAAGUGUCUUAUUUCCGUUGUACAUUGUCCAUAGAAGGUUCAGAAACCUGCAGACGGUUGGUUUUCAUGAACUACAGAUAACACUCAGCUCCACAACACUCUUACUUUCAUUUUUCAGUUUCACCUCCCCCCCCCCCUCUGGAUCUUCCUAUGUACAAAAUAUGUUUCUAUCCAAAUCCUCUAUUUUCAUAAUCUUUGAGUUGUCGUGUGGUUCAGGUUUGCGGUGACCGGCCAAACCUCAACCCUCCAAGAUUGUGAAAAAUAAAAAAAACGCGUUAGUGGAAUAGUUAGUUAUUUUGAAGCCUUGGGACAGAAAAGAGAAAGACGCCAAUGAUUCACUGACCUCUGCUGGAACCAGUCUGUGUGUAUAUCUGUAGUUUCUUGCUGUAAUAUAUUUAGAGGCAUCUUUUUAAAAACCAUGGGGGGGAUAAAAUGUAUAUCGGGCAAUUCUAUUGGGAUUGCAUGAGUUUCUAAUAGUUUUCUUUUGUAGCGAGAUAAUAUUGGCACAACAAUGUUUUUUUUGUUUUUUGUAACAAAACCAGAAAACUUUGGCAUGUUUUAAAGAUGUCCGUCACCCCCCCCCCGACCGUGUUGCGUUAGCGCUGAAGGACUCGUGAAGUAGACGACACGUAGCGAAGCAUGCGCUGAACUAAAAGGAAUGUUCCAGACGCUCGGGGAAACUUAUCGUAGAAGAUAAAUCGAGGACAUCGGAAUCUGAUCCAAGAGAGGAAAUGUAAAAUAUUUUGUAAAUUAGUCUCAGCAUGGUCUUCAGAGGAUGAACCACUCUAUUUAUCACAGCGUUUUUUGAUACCGGCCGCGGCCUCAACGGGACUUCCAAGACGAAACAGUGCUUCUAUACGCGAUAUUUAGCUCUUUAGAUUUUAGUGGGACAGAAUAUAGCAACUCUACAGAUGUGAUGGAGGUGUGUGUCCUGGUGGGGGCGGAGUCAGAGACCUCUGUAAGUUUAACCCUGUUUCUAAGCAGAAUGUAUUCACACGUAUCUGGAGGUUAUGAAAUAACCGGUAGCACAGGAACGGGAAGAGCGGAGUGAAAUUUAAAGGCUGCGACGGGGUUGAGGGAGGAAGUCGGUGCCAAUGACGAGAAGUGUUAACAGAGUUUUCCUAUUUACCUCAUGAUGAGUGUGGGAGGAGAGACGCCCUGUCCACUGUGUACAGACCCGAGUCGACUGGUCGUUGGUGUUUUGUCUGAUCAUUUUGUUAACUUUACCGUUAUUUCUUAUGAAUCUGAUCUUGUACAUUUGUCAUAAUAAAACGGGUUUGAAGCCUCA